AUGUCCGUAACCGUGAAAGCAUGCUGCACUGUGAGGCCAAUAGAGGCAACAUGGUGCGGACGCGUAGCUUUAUCUGAAUGGGAUCAAACAGGCAAAGUAACCCACGUGCCCUUUAUCUACUUCUACCGUCUUCCACAAAACUGCCUCUCUCAAUACAACACCAUUGCUUCCACCUUGAAGGACUCAUUAAGCCGAGUCCUGGUGCCGUUUUAUCCACUUGCCGGUCGUUUGCAUUGGACAAACAAUGGACGUUUAGAAAUUGAUUGCAAUGCCACCGGCGCUCGAUUCAUUGAAGCCGAAUCAUCAUCAACCUUACAACAUUUAGCUGAUUUUUCAUCUUGUUCGGAACACCACUACCUUGUCCCUGCUGUGGACUACUACUCCCUACCAAUUCACGAGUUGCCGUUGGUUCUGGUUCAGCUGACGAAGUUCAAGUGCGGUGGCAUUUGUAUUGGCGUAACACUUUCGCACGCAGUUGUGGAUGGACCAAGUGCACUGCACUUCGUAUGUGAGUGGGCAAGGCUUUCACGGGGCGAGCCUCUGCGUACGGUGCCAUUCCUUGACCGGAAAAUUUUGCGUGCUGGGGAGCCUCCUUUGGUGCCACUAACAAAAUGUCACGUUCACACGGAGUUCAAUGAUCCGCCCUUCUUGCUGGGCCGAACUGAUAACAGGGAGGAAAGGGAGAAGGAAACCACGAUGGAUUUCGUUAAAAUAAGCAAAACUCAAAUUGAAAGAUUGCAAAAGAGAGCAAACGAGAGUUCGCCAAGGCCUAGAAAUGAUCGUGGUUAUUCCCGUUAUGAGAGCGUGACUGGUCACAUAUGGAGAUGUGCAAGCAAGGCAAGGGAGCACAAAGAGAACCAACCUACCGUUCUUACUGUUAUAGUUGACUCAAGGGGUCGCAUGAAACCUCCUUUGCCAGAAGGGUACUUCGGGAAUGCCAAUUUGGAUAGUGUUGCAUGUAGUCUUGCGGGUGAUUUGGUGUCGGAGCCUUUGGGGUAUACGGCGAGUAGAAUAAGGGAGGCGAUUGAGAGGGUGAGCGAUGAGUACGUGAGGUCGGGGAUUGAGUUCUUGAAGAAUCAGGAGAAUAUAAGAAGGUUUCAUCAAGAUCUUCACGAAGAAGGGAGAGAGAAGGAGCCUUUCUUUGGGAACCCGAAUUUGUCUGUGGUGAGUUGGUUGAGGUUACCUUUCUACGGCAUUGAUUUUGGGUGGGGGAAGGAGGUUCGUAUGAGUCCGGCAACACAUGACUUCGAUGGAGAUUUCGUGCUUCUUCCUGAUCCUGAUGAGGAUGGCUCUAUACUCGUUUGUAUAGGUCUGCAAGUGCUGCAUCUUGAUGCAUUUAAGAAGCAUUUUUACGAGGACCUUGCAUAAGACUCGUGGGAACGCCUCAGCCUAUCUCAGCUG